AUGUUUCUCAUUCAGAAUUGGGAGCUAGAAUGGUUAACCCUGAUCAUGCCUGCGGGAAGCCCUCAUAUAACUCAGGCCGUCGAUUCAACGCCCUCCAUCAUCAUACCUCUACCCAUCGUCAUCGUACGGUUGUGGGCUGGGAUGGCCACUCAGCACGAGUCGAUGCCCACGAUGACCCAACAGCAGCCCAAGCCGUGCGUGGUGAGCGUCGGAACAGCCAGGUUGUUUGACUCGCGUGGCCAUGCGGGAUACCAUCAUCCCGUCAUCUCAAGGCCCUGUGGCUGGUGCACGACUCAUGGGCGCUCUCAAAGAGGAGAUGCCCUGCGUAGGCAGCUCUGCUCUCGCGAGAGGCUUAAGCACGAUCAUGAAUCGUGCCUGCAUCUGGUUGCACAGUACGCGUAUCUCAUGCGGCCGUUGGCUCUGGACUUGCAGGCACACUUCAGUCUGAUGGCUCACCUAGAGCCAUCGACAUGCAUGCCCAUGAGUCGUGGCCACGCAGAGGAUUCGGGAUUGAACCCAAACCAGACUGGGGCUUGUGAAGAUGCUGAAAGGCGUCGUGAUGGUAUGCGUCGAUAUUUAAUAGGGUCUGAUAUGGGACGGAAAAGCAUGGACGGUCCACGCUAUGACUACGCCACAGCUGACGCACCUUGCGCAGUAGGUUUAAAUUGGCAGUUGCGCUCCGUACACGCGGAAACAAGGUAA